AGCCACAUCCUGGUCUUCUCCGGGCCACGGGGCACUGAGGGCGGCCUCUGGGCCAGCCAGCCUGCCUUCUGGGCCCCCACCCACGACACCCCGGUGGCAGCAACCCCAGGGAGAUCCGGCCUCCCAGAUCCGCUGAGACCGCCAGGGCCGGCGAGACCUUUGGAGACCAUCCCCAAGAAAGGACAGCGCAUCUCCGGGCCCUCCUCGGUGCGGCCUUGCCCAGGCGGGGGGAGCCCCCAGCCGGCUGGCAGACGGCACCUCCAUUUCACUCGGCCUCAGUCCCCGGGAUCUCCCGAGAGCCCCCUCAGGGGAAGGUUUACAAGAAACCUGGACGCCCGGGCCCUGUGGGCAGGGCCAGGGGCCUCGUCGACUAGAGGGACCGACCGGGCCCCUUGCGGCCUCUCUCCGGCUCAGCCUUUGCGAGGGGAUCGUGGCAUCCUGGAUCGCCUUCCGGAUCCCCGAGGCAGCUCGGGGGUGCCCCAGCGGGCAUACUGCUGCCUCCGCGAGCUGGGGAGGAUGCUGUUCGGGGUGAAGGACAUCGCCCUGUUGGAGCACGGGUGCAAGGCUCUGGAGGUGGACAGUUACAAGUCCCUGAUGAUCCUGGAUAUCCCGGAAGACUGCGACCACGAGGAAUUCGAAGACAUCAUACGGGCCCCCCUGAGACCUCUGGGCAAGUUCGAAGUGGCUGGGAAGGCCUUUCUGGAAGAAGAGAGGUCCAAGGCAGCCAUCAUCAGGCUGGCGGAGGACAUCAAUUAUGCCGUCAUCCCCAGGGAGAUCAAGGGCAAGGGCGGCCUGUGGAGGGUGGUCUACAUGCCCCGGAAGCAGGACAUUGAAUUCCUGACCAAGCUGAACCUCUUCCUGCAGAGCGAGGGCAGGACGGUGGAGGACGUGGCCCGAGUCCUGAGGCAGGAAUUGUGCCCCGCAGUGACGGGCCCCAGAGAGCCACCUGCCAGAAAGUGCCGCGCGCCCGGGGCCGGGGAGAAGCAGCCCGGGGCUGGGGCCACGGCCGGGGCGGAUGCGGCGCCGCCUCUGGACUCCACGGAGAAGCCGAGCAAGCCUGGAGAUGACAAGAGAGGCAAGAGGAAGCAUAAGAAAAACCGGCGAAGGCACCAUGCAUCUGACAAGCUGUGAGGUGUUUACAGGAAACGCAAGAGGAGAAACGCGGCCUGGGCGUCCAAGGUUGUGCAAGAGGUCUCGCGUCAGAAUUGAGGAGAAGCCAAGAAGGAGGAACAUGUCAGGGAGCUCCCUGCUCUGGGGAAAGGCCACUGUCCCCUUCAGCACCGCCGUCCCCUCUCUGUGGGCUGAGGUUGGGGGACAGCGAGGCAUGUGUUGCCGGGAAGAGACCCAGAACCUUCUGGCUUUCAGCCCUGCUGGAAAUGCCGCCAUUGCAAAGUCUAGACCCAUUUUGGUUUGUCAGCGGUUUCGUUUGGUUUUUGGUUUUGUUGUUGUUGUUGUUGUUUUGUCUUUUAAAAGGAUGUACCUUGAAUGUACCUCUGGCAGAAAGUCGCCCAGGGUGGACCACCCUGUUUUACACACGGCAAGCAGAAACCAUGCCUGACAAAGUGAGAUGCCUGCUCGCCACACCUGAGGAGCUCCGUGCUCUGGCGCUUGACUCUCAAAAGCUGUCGCUGUUCCGUACUCGCUCGGUGUCCCUUACAGGGAUGGUCAGACGGGGGACUCUUCUGCUCUGAUUGGCGCCUGGGCUUGGGAUGUGGGUCUCCCCAGAUCCACCUCCAGAAGCUCUGACUUGCACAGAGGGGGCGCUCGGCUCUACAGAGCAAAAGGCAAGACUCCCAGGAAAGAGUCCAAAAGGAGGUAAAUAAUUAAAGAGGUCACCUUCAAGGGUUAUCGAUUAACAACAUGAACCUUGAGUCCCCCCCGUGACGGUGAAGAACAACAAAAUUGGUCAGGUGACAUCCAAAUGCCCAUGGGGAGACAGAAGUCUCAUUCGGGGACGUCUGACCUGUGAGUCUGCAAACUUCCAUUGGUUCAGGGAUUUGCAAGGGUUUGAGGAGAAUUUCUUUUUUUUUUUUUUUUUAAUGCAAUCUACACACACACACACACACACACACACACA